ACGAAGAAGAACCGUCUUCACCGCCUGUCGCUUGCAGAACACACGUCGCGCUUCAUAAGAAAAAACGGGUACCUAAAUAUGAAGGAGAACGAAGGAGCAGCCGAGGACCGCCCCGAGAAGCAAGCGGCACUCACCGAACCCCUCACGGAACCGGACCUCCUCGCUGACUCGACCGGGAAUAUGGAUUCUCAUGUUGGCUUUGUGGAGCAAGCGCACCCUGCGUCAGCAUCGCCAAGGAGCCUGAGCCCUGUUGACGCCGUUAUGCAAAAUUACAUUCUGUUCCCGAACAUUGACCGUUCCUGGUUCGAGAAGGACGAGUUCGAUGGAGUUUCCGGCGCCGAUCUGCGCGUGGACGACGGGGACGCUACGUCCAUUACCUGGAUGAUCUACGCGACACUGGUUGGCUUCGCUGUGAUCCUGAUCCUUCUUGGAAUCAUCGCCUACUUCGCCGGAAUGACGCCCUCGCCGAAACCGGGGAAGAAGCCGCAGCUGAUCCUCUGCUACUACGACCCGACCCUGAGCUCCCUCAGCUCCUUUGUGUUGUCCGACUUCUGCGCCCAGUGCUGCAGCCACAUUGUCUUCGACGGCUUCGAGCUGGACGCCACCAAACACAUCGUGUCGCGCCAGGCUCCCCCACCUCAUCCCGGCGUCAAACUGCGUACGGCAAUACCGACCAUGAUCUCGAUUUCUUGAAAGAAAACACGCACAUUAUUAAGUCACCAUUUUAUGUGCAAACCAGAAAGAACCCUGCCUUUCGAAUUUACUUUCACGGCUUCGCCUUUGAACCGCACUGAAAUCACGACUUCCAACACCCAAACCUUUUUGUCUUCAUUCAUGGUACCUCCGGUGGUCACUUUUCAUGUCACACCAAGAAAAAUAUGACGGUGAAAAUAGUUUUUGCGAUUUUGA